AGAACUCUCCCUAAAAUGGCAGAUCCAGAAACUUCGAUUCCACCGGCACCGGCACAGGCACAGGCACAGGCACAAGACCAAGACUCCACCAUACCACCAGCACCGACUACGGAGCCGGAGGAGGUACAGCCUAAAGAUCCGCUAUCAGAGAAACAUGAGCCGAGGAAGUCGAGGGGCAUCUCAAUAAGCAUUUGGCCACCAUCGCAGCGCACUCGUGACGCCGUGAUCGCUCGCCUAAUUGACACUCUCUCCUCGCAAUCCGUUCUCUCUAAGCGUUAUGGAACUAUUCCCAAAAGUGAGGCGGAGGAGGCCGCUCACCGGAUCGAGGAAGAGGCAUUUUCUGUGGCUGGUGGCUCCGGCUCAGGCUCCGGCUCCGGCUCCGCCGAUGAUGAUGGAUUUGACAUCCUACAAGUUUACUCCAAGGAGAUCAGCAAGCGCAUGCUUGAGACGGUCAAGGCGAGGGCGGGUUCUGGCACUGGUUCCGUGGAUGGCAUUGCGUCGCAGACGCAGAGUCCCAGUGAUGCUUCUACGACCACGACAGCUAGUGUUGAGAAAUCAUCCGCCGAGACUGAGUCUUGAGUUAUUUUUAGGGUUUACGAUAUGGUAUGUGAUAAUGUGAGGGCUUUUGUUGAUACUAUGUUGAGAUCUAUUUGUACUAUUUAUGCAUUUCUAUCAUGAUUUUAACAAUUUUGUAGUAUGAUUUUAGCUAUCUCUGAUCUUGUGUUGCAUCUCGUUAUGUUGUUGAUUUAUUUGAUCAACGGUGUAUCUCCUUGAUUUAGGACUGUAUCACGCAGCUUUUCCUUUAUAGUU